GUUCCCGCCCUGUGCGCUGCGCAAUACCAAUUGCCCUUCCCCCUCCAAAUCUACAAAGCGAAGCUAUAGGCGCCCCGACUUGAAGCUACAACGCCAACCAUGGUCAUCUACUCCUUUUACAUCUUCGAUCGGCAUACGGAAUGCAUCUACUCCAAGACCUGGCUCCCACCCCCUCCUGCCCCGGGGGCACAACAACAGCAUGAUAUUUCGACAAGCACUACCGGCGCCGCUGUGGCCUCCUCCGACCCUCACCAUCAUAAUCCCAACACGCUACGCAGCACACGCUCGGCGGUCAGCGCAGCCAACAAAGCCUCGGACGAUGCCAAGCUGAUCUUCGGCACCGUGUUCUCUCUGCGCAACAUGGUGCGCAAGCUGGGCGGCGAAGACGACGCCUUCAUCAGUUAUAGGACAGCCCAGUACAAGCUGCACUACUACGAGACGGCGAGCAACCUACGCUUUGUCAUGCUGACGGACACGGGGACGCUGAGCAUGCGGAACGUGAUGCAUCAGAUAUACAUCAAUUUGUGGUGUGAAUAUGUGGUCAAAAACCCUCUCGCACCCGUCGAACACAAAGGCGGCGCCGGCGUUAGGAACGAGCUAUUCGAGCUGGGCCUAAAUCAGUUUAUCACUGGUUUAAUGUGAGACCUCUUCAUCCAGCCCUUGAUUGAGAUUUACAGUACAGCACAUGAGCACAAACACCC